ACUUUGCUCAACUCACCAAAGGACUCAAUUCAUGUUUGGUAACAGCAAAGGAAACCAAACUGAUAACAAACAACAACAUUAUCACACAUUUUCCUCGUUAACAUUAUAUGUCAACAUUCAUUUCUGUUUUACUUUUGUUUCUUUUGCGCUUCUCUCCUCAUCAAGUGUGCUAAUUGGAAACCAAAACACACUGUGAUUAACCAGUGAUAGUGAAUGUGCACAAAGGUCAACUUGCAAAUUUUCACCUCGCUUCGUCAACACUUGACUUUUCGUUACAAUUUUCAUCCUUUUAUUGGAUUUAAAUGUGCUGACAAAAUGUGCUGACCCAAAGUGCUAAGCCAAAUGAGAGCAAAACAGUUGAUCAACAGUCAUUCAUCAAUGUUCAUCAAGUGAAAAGUCAACUGCUAAUCAAAUGUUUACAAUCAUUUACAAUCUCGACUAACUUCAAACUGAAUUUGCAUUUUCAUUCUCAUCAUUCAUUCAUUACCAAAGGAAUUAUUUCGUCUUCCAACUCUUCAAGUGAAUACAAACUUUUCAAUAUCGAAACAUUGGAAAAGUGGAUCAACUUGAGGAAACUCAAACUUGUACACUUUUUCCACUCAAACAGAUUGAAUAAGCUCCUGAUGAAGUUUGAAAAAUGUUGCAUCGAUUGAAUUGAUUUCUGGUAAACCUGUGAACACUUGUCUAGUGAUAAUCAUCGGGAACGUCAACAUAUUUGGCUGGCAAAAAGGACUGAAUCGUUGUUGCUGGAAAUAAGCAAAAUUGGGAAAAAGAAGAGAAAAAAAUCUCUCAAACAGGGAAGAGCAAGAAUCAAAGGAGAAACAGCAAAAUAAAGAGUAAAAUCUGAGUUACCUUGGAGACAUUAAAACUUAUCAUUUGGAUAGUAGUUGGAUAAUAAUCGAAGAGAACGCAACAAAAUAAGCAGGGAAAAGGAGCAGAAAUAAAAUGUUGACCAAGUAAAUCAACGCCGAUCGAUAAUCAUUUAUUCGUUACCUUGGACAGAAUAUUGAAAGUUACCUUUUAUCUGGACCAACGUCUCUUCUUACACAAGUAAUUGUACACCAAGAAAAUCAUUUGCAUGUUAAUGUACGGUAUGAUCAGUGUUAUGAGCCUGACCAAUGGAAUCAUUCUUGAUGCAACUUCAUUACCAGCUUCGGUCACAUCCAGUUCACCUUCUGCCUCUUCACCGCCCUCAUCACCUACAGUCGAAAGUGUAUCAAGAGAAUCGGAAUCUAUUUGGAUAAACAAUUUAACCUCACCAUUUGCCGGUAACAACAGUGAACCCUCACCAGGUUCACUUGAAUCAAUGAUCAGGUCAACUUUGUCCCUGGAUCACAAUACAUCAGCGACUCUUUUAUCAACUCUAUCAACCAUAACAUUGUCUCCAUUCUCGUCAUCACCCACUUCCCACUCUUCCCAACCUUCGCCUUCUCCUUCUCCAUCAUCAUCACACUCUUCCAUUUCAUCUUCCUUUAUAUCACCACAAGCCUUGUCAAACGUUUUUACGACAACAACCACAGAAGCCUCAAAAUCAAUUUAUUUAUCAUCAAAAUCGACAUCAUCUUCAUCAUCAAUUGUUAAUUACACUCAUCUCGAUAACUUAAAUUCAACUUUGGUUAACUUUUACAGAACGUUGACUAAUCCAAUCAGCCAAUCCUGGAAUGAUUCAACCAAUUCAACCUCAACAAGUAGCCCUUUCCAUGAAUCAUUAUCGAUCAAUGAUUCAGACAACAUUCAAAGUGAUUCAAUUGCCUCCGUUCUACCAAUCGCCUCACCUUUAUCUCUACUCUCUUCCCUGUCAAUCCCAUCGUACAAUGCAAUUCCAUCGGGUGAACUAAUCAACUUGAAUGAAAGCCUAUCAUCACCAGCCUCACCUUCAUCGCCAGUCUCAUCAGUAACAUCCUUUUUCCCUUACAACAAUUCCAACAUCAGUCUAGGCAACUGGAUUGAUUCCAGUCUAUUUUCACCGACAACCUCAACCUCAACCCUCUUCUCAUUAACCUUCAACAAUGGGAACAACAAUGGCAAUAAUUCGUUCACUCCGAGCAACAGUAACUUGGAUAAUCUAAUAUCAUUCUGGGAAUCAAUUCCUUACCCUAAAUCGGGUUACACUCAACUGGCUAUCAUUUUGUUAGCCUUUUUCAUAACCAUUAUUAUGAUCGUUAUCGUCGUUGGUAACCUGCUAGUCUGUAUUGCCAUAACAACCGAGAAAUCGUUGAAAACAGUUCAAAAUUGGUUCAUUGCUUCAUUAGCAGUUUCCGAUUUACUUUUAGGUCUUGUUAUAAUGCCUUUCAGUCUUGCCUAUGAGCUAAUGGGCUAUUGGAUAUUUGGUGCCAUUUGGUGUGAUAUUCAUCAUGCAUUAGAUGUUUUACUGUGUACAGCUUCCAUCAACAACCUGUGUCUCAUUUCACUUGACCGUUAUUGGUCGGUAACACAGGCAGUUAAGUAUCUUAAAAAGCGAACUCCUUCACGUGCCAUUUUCAUGAUUUGCUUUGUUUGGAUAUUUUCUGCUCUAGUUUCCCUUCCACCGCUUGUCGGCUGGAAAAACGAGUCCAUUGAACCAGGAGAAUGUGAACUUUCCAAAGACACGGGAUACGUUGUGUACUCUUCGAUGGGCUCCUUUUAUGUGCCGGCCAUUGUGAUGGUCUUUGUGUAUGCCAAGAUAUUUGUGGCUGCUCGAUCAAGGGCUAGGAAGCACGUCAAGAAGCGUAAACUUCUUGUUAGUUCAGAGGUUACCAAUGACCUGACCAAAGACAAGUCAACUACAACAACCACUUGCACCUCAAUGAGCAACCCAAGUCCACCCGAGGCUCGUGAAGAGACUGAUGACAACAUUGAAACUAGUGAGUCAAUGAAGGGUAAAGUGCUCUCCAUUGAGGAUAAAAUUGCCGUUGAAUGUAAAGAUGUUAACUGUGAUAACAAAAGUAGCAAUAGCAUUUGUGUCAACUGUGAACGAUUAAAGAGUCGAAAAAAUUGUGAAGACACUUCGCUGACUCCUUGUACAACACCGACUAUACUCAACACACCAAAGGUUACCUUUUCUCCUCGAGACACUGUUUAUGGCGAAGAUAAUAAAUGCUGUGAAAUUGGUAGCUUGCAUCAGCGUGAGUGUUCAUCGCCUACCUCGGUCAACUGUUCACCGCCACAGAUAAUCAUUGAAAGUGCCAACAGCACAAGUGACAACAACGCUAAUGACAAUAGUAAUCAGUCUAAUCAUUCAGCGUCCAAUAAUCGAAGUCAAAGUGUGACAGUGAAAAAUAAUGUUAAAAAUUGUUCGUUUAAAGAAUCAAAUUGUGAUUCAACUUCGACUGGAGUCAUGUUGGCCGUCAAUUUGUGUGAUAAUGGUGCGUGUAAACAGAUGGGUGCAAGUAAACCAAUUGCUCUGACUAAUUGUUCCAAUUCACUUUCAGAGAGAAAGUGUCCCAAAUUGCGAAUUGAAAUUGACGAUUCGAUACACAAUUAUAGUCGAUCUCAGUCCAAUAGUGCAACUUAUGCCAAUGCAAACUCAAACAGUUGCGUCGAGUGUGUUACAGGGAACCAAAUUUUCCCAACUUCCAUAUUACGUUCAAAUGGAUUAUCAAGUGUCAAUAGCAAUUCACCAACUAAUCCAUGCAAUUCGAGUCACCAUCAGUACCACCAGUCGACUGGAAUUGUCAGUGAAACUCGAUUAAUAGCUACAGACGAUGAUUCGGAUGCAAUUGAAUCACCAAUAUCCAAGACUAGUGGAAACUUUGCCUUAGAAUCAAAAUCAUUUCUUUCACCGUCAUCAGCCUCAAUGAGUGGCUUUGGUCCGGGACUUGGUGCUGGGUCACGGUUAACCUGUGGCUUGAUACCCGGCUCUGGAGGCAGCCUAAGUGGCAGUGUAACCGGAGGCUUGACUCGAUCUCCCUAUGGAUCAACCAUGUCCAUAGCAGACUACGAUGACUCUGAUUUGUGCAACGAUUCGGGUGAACAGCCUGAAUGUUCAUCCAUCAAGGGUACCAGUGCAAGUUCAUCCAUUGAUAAAAAGUCAACCAAGGGAAAGGGUAAAGUUCAAUAUCAAACUCCACCAGUGACCAGGCGUCAUCAUACACCGUCCGAUGCUGAAAGGCACAAGCGUAAAAUAGCUAAAGCCAGGGAACGGAGAGCAACCCUUAUACUGGGACUCAUCAUGGGUUCCUUUAUACUUGCCUGGUUACCCUUUUUUGUUAUGUAUCUUACCUCAGGUUUAUGCAAAAGUUGCCAAAUAACGUCAGGUUUAACCUUUGGUUACUGGCUGGGCUACUGUAAUUCAGCUAUCAAUCCAAUCAUUUAUACAGUUUUUAAUCGAGAUUUUCGCAAAGCUUUUCGCAAAAUACUUUUUAGGUAAAGUUGAUCAAUUUAAAGGAAAGUACAAAAAGCCAAUCAAAAAACUUUUCCUUUUCUCUUUGAACCAUUACAAAACUUUUACAAUUAAUAAAUUAUCAAAUUGUCUUUCCUUUCAAAUUGUUCAAUUGUUAAAACAAAAAUUAUCUUCUUGUUUGACGAGUUUUCACCUUCACAGCAUAAGCGACUCUUCACUCCCAGUUAACAAGCAAUCCAAGGGACAAAGAGAUGAAACCUGAAAAUGCUUUAAUUAAACUUGCUAAAUUAAAUCAUCAGUUGAUCAGAUUUUCAACAAUUUUCUUUUCUCCUUUAAAUCUCUUUCCCUUUUGAAUCGGAAAUCAUGGUCGAUUGUAAAGAAGAAAAUCAGUUUGCAAAAUAAAUUGUAAAAACUUCUGUUAAUUAAAUAUCAAAAAGCAUUGUUGAACAU